CUCCGCCGCACCCCACAGGCCAGGCGGCAGGGGCCACCCCGGAGGUCGGCGUCCUUGCUGGCGUCGGGAGCCUGGGGAGCCGGCUGCGGUGUUCAGCCUAGUAGUAAAACUGACCAAAAGCCAUGCACAAAACUACCUCCCCAGAGGAAGGCUGGUCCCUUCCCCUCCCCAUCGUUUCGUCAUGAACAUGGUUCAAGACAGUGUCCUGUCCAAGCCGAGGAAGAGUCCCGACACAUUUGAGCUGAAGUACGACUUUUCGUGUGAGCUGUACCGCCUGUCCACGUACUCGGCUUUCCCCGCUGGAGUUCCUGUGUCGGAACGGAGUCUGGCUCGUGCUGGCUUUUACUACACGGGCGUCAACGACAAGGUCAAGUGCUUCUGCUGUGGCCUGAUGCUGGACAACUGGAAACAAGGGGACAGCCCUGUUGAAAAGCACAGGCAGCUGUACCCCAGCUGCAGCUUCGUCCACACUCUGAAUCCCGCCAACCCUCUGGAAGCCAGCCCCAAGUCCUCUCUUGCGUCUGCAGCGCCGAGCACCAUGCCUUCAUUAUGUGCAAGUCUGGAGAACACUGGCUAUUUCAGUGGCUCCUACGCAAGCUUUCCCUCAGACCCUGUGAACUUCAGAGCAAAUCAAGAUUGCCCUAGUUUGAGGACAAGUCCCUACGACUUUGCAAUGAAUACAGAGAAGGCCAGAUUACUCACCUAUCAAACGUGGCCAUUGUCCUUUCUGUCUCCGGCCGACCUGGCCAGAGCCGGCUUCUACUACGUAGGACCUGGAGACAGGGUGGCCUGCUUUGCCUGUGGCGGGAAACUGAGCAACUGGGAACCGAAGGAUGACGCUAUGUCAGAGCACCGGAGACAUUUCCCCAGCUGCCCAUUCUUAAAAGAUCGGAGUCGGUCAGCUUCGAGAUACACUGUCUCUAACGUGAGCAUGCAGACACAGGAAGCCCGUGUUAGAACGUUCUUUAACUGGCCUUCUGGGCUGGUUCCUCCUCAGCAGCUUGCAAGUGCAGGAUUUUAUUAUACAGGACACAGCGAUGACGUCAAGUGCUUUUGCUGUGAUGGUGGGCUGAGGUGUUGGGAGUCUGGAGACGACCCCUGGGUGGAGCACGCCAAGUGGUUUCCCAGGUGUGAAUACUUGGUAAGAAUCAAAGGACAAGAGUUUGUUGACCACGUUCAAGCCGGGUACCCUCAUCUACUUGAACAGCUAUUAUCUACGUCAGACACCCCAGAAGAUGAGAACGAAGACUCACCAAUUGUGCAUUUUGGACCUGGCGAAAGUUCAGAAGAUGCGGUCAUGAUGAGCACGCCUGUGGUUAAAGCGGCUUUGGAAAUGGGCUUCAGUAGGAGCCUGGUGAGACAGACGGUUCAGCGUCAAAUCCUGGCCACCGGGGACAAUUACAGGACCGUCAGUGACCUCGUGAUAGGCUUACUUGAUGCAGAAGAUGAGAUACGGGAGGAACAGAAGGAGCAGGCAGCUGAGGAAACAGAGUCAGAUGAUCUAACAUUAAUCCGGAGGAACAAGAUGGUGCUUUUUCAACAUUUGACGAGUGUGACACCAAUCCUGGACUGUCUCCUACGUGCCAGGGCGAUCACUGAACAGGAGUCUGAUGCUGUGAAACAGAAGCCGCAGACCUUGCAAGCAAGAACACUGAUCGAGACUGUGUUAGCCAAAGGAAACCCUGCAGCAGCCUCCUUCCGAAACUCCCUUCAGGAGAGCCACCCUGUGCUAUACCAGGACUUAUUUGUGCGACAGGACACUAGGCGUCUUCCCACAGAUGACAUUGCAGCUCUACCCAUGGAAGAACAAUUGCGGAAGCUACAGGAAGAAAGAACAUGUAAAGUGUGUAUGGACAGAGAGGUAUCCAUCGUGUUCAUUCCCUGUGGCCAUCUGGUGGUUUGCAAAGACUGUGCUCCCUCCCUGAGGAAGUGCCCCAUCUGCAGAGGGGCCAUCAAGGGCACAGUGCGAACAUUUCUCUCCUGACCGGGACUGAUGCUCCAACUCCAGCCUGUGGGAGGUGGAGGCAGGAGGAACACAAGUUCAGUGUCACCCCCAGCCACAUAGGAACCUUGAGCCAGCCUGGACUACAUGAGACACCACCUCAAAAUAAAUCAGUAAACACACGUGAAAAUGAGAACAAAGGUAAAAGAAAAACUGUCUGAACUCCAGAGUGAAUGGUCAACUAUAUAAUAAUUUAGCUCUUAAACUGAGUGGGUUUCCGUAAAAGUGCUAUUUAUUUCCAACUCACAAAGCUCUUUCCUGUAAACAUCUGAAGCAUAUGUAUGUGCAUGUUCAGAUGCUGAGAGAAAAGCAGGGGUUGCCUGCAUUCCUGAAAUUCUCAGAGAUUUACGAUGUUGGCAUUUAUGGUUCAGAAUUUGAAAUCUUUUCCAGUUGCUUUAAGAACUGGGAACACAGAUUUUCCACUUCUUUUCUAAGUGUCUUAUGCAUGGAAACACCUGUUAUUUAUUGAAUGACAUCUUAGAGAUAUAGAAUUUUUAUAAAGAAGUUGUAAGGAAAAAUUAAUAAAGCAACAAAAUUACUCUU